AUGUCAAUCCCCCCCUCCGCCGAAUACUACAAUCUCGGCUCGUACCGCCGCUCCAUCAGCGGCAACGAGGCCGCCAACGUCUGGUUCAACCGCGGCCUCGUCUGGUGCUACGCCUUCAACCAUGCCGAAGCCUGGCGCUGCUUCGAGCAGGCCGUGCUGCACGACGAGACCUGCCCCAUGGCGCACUGGGGCCUCGCCUACGCCGCAGGGCCAAACUACAACAAGCCGUGGCGAUUGUUUGAUGCCGCAGACCUCAGGCACACCAUGAGCACGUGCCACGCCGCCGCCCGCCAGGCACAUGACCUGCUGCUGCUCCUUCCCUCAACGUCCGUCACGCCCGUCGAACGAGCCUUGAUUCUGGCCAUGCAGAAGCGAUUUCCCCCUGCCAGGGCGGGCGCUGGCAAGGCGGUUGAGGAGGAGGUCGACUAUCCGGCCAUCGAUGCAGCGUACGCAGACGCCAUGCAGGCCGUGUACGAGGAGUUUGGCGCGCAGGAUCUCGACGUCGUGGCGCUGUACGCCGACGCGAGGAUGUUCACGCACCAGCGCAAGAUGUUCGACCUGAAGACCGGGCGUCCCAUCGAGUCGUCGCCCGUGUACGAGGUGCAGGAGCUGUUCAACGAGGCGCUGGCGCGGGAAGGCGGGCUCGAACACCCGGGUUUGAUCCAUCUGUCGAUUCAUUUCUGGGAGAUGUCGGCCACGCCCGCCGUGGCCCUGACGGCCGCCGACCGGCUGCGCAAUCUGGUCCCCGACGCGGGCCAUUUGCACCAUAUGCCGACCCAUUUGGACAUUCUGAUCGGGGACUAUCGCCGCUCCGUGGAUAGUAACUUGGCGGCGACCAUCGCAGACGACAAGUACCUGGCCCAUCGGGGCGCCAAGAACAUGUACAGCUUUUACCGCAUGCACGACUACCACUCGCUCAUCUACGCGGCGAUGCUCUCCGGCCGGUACGCCGUUGCCGUCUCCGCCGUGGACCGCAUGGAGGUCUCGCUGACCGAUGACGUGCUGCGAGUGACCUCGCCGCCGCUCGCCGACUGGCUGGAGUUCUUCAAGAGCGUGCGUGUGCACGUGUAUAUUCGCUUUGGACGGUGGGAGGAGAUCAAAGCUCUCCCUUUGCCAGAAGACCAGGAACUAUACUGCGUGACAACCGCGGUCACACAUUACGGCAAGGGUAUUGCAUACGCCGCGACGGGGGAUCUCGUGCACGCAGACGAGGAACGAGUCAAAUACCAUGCCGCCGUGCAGCGCGUCCCGGCGUCCCGCAUGGACUACCCGAACAAGAUGCUGGACAUCUUCAAGGUCGCCACCGCCAUGCUGGACGGGGAGAUCGAAUAUAGACGGGGAGAAGACUACACGGCCGCGUUUGCCCACCUCCGCACCGCGAUCGAGCACGACGACGCCCUCCUCUACACCGAGCCGUGGGGGUGGAUGGUCCCCACGCGCCAUGCGUACGCUGCUCUCUCGCUCGAACAGGGCCUCGUCGAGCAGGCCGCUGCCGCGUACGCGGCCGACCUGGGGCUCGACCCGACCAUCUCCCGCGCGCACCAGCAUCCGAAUAACGUCUGGGCCCUGCAUGGGUACUACGAGUGUCUGACAAAACUGGGGAGACAUGCCGAGGCGCAGAUCAUCAAGCCGCAGCUGGAUGUCGCUUUACGAGUUGCCGACGUGGAGAUUACCUCCUCCUGUUUUUGCAGGCUGUCUUGCGGAGCGAAGCUCUGCAAAUAGUAGAAUAUUCAAAAUAUUCAAUAGAAUUGAUUUGCACAG